AUGUUCAUCAGGUGUGUUAGUAGUAGUCAUGUUUCUUCAUCUUGUUGCAAUUUGGAUGAAGAAUUACAUCCAAAUUCUCUCACGGAGAUGAGCUGCCAGUCGAAUGGCACUAGUGGUGAUAUUACACAAUCUUCUAGUACUGCAGGAUCUUCAUAUCAGGGUGAUAGAUACUAUGGGUAUGGGCCGCCGGCUAUUGCAAGUGGAUGGAUGUACAUCAAUGAAAAUGGGCAGAUGUGUGGACCUUAUAUUCAGCAUCAGUUAUAUGAGGGCUUAUCUACUGGUUUCUUGCCUGAUGAGCUUCCUGUCUAUCCCAUCGUUAAUGGGUCCUUAAGCAAUCCUGUUCCAUUGAAGUACUUCAAGCAGUUCCCUGAUCAUGUUGCCACAGGUUUUGCAUAUCUCAAUACUGCCACCUUCAGCACAACUAUGACUCCAAAUUGUUUGAUCACUCACAAUGGAGAUUCGGUGACCCAUAAAGAGGGCCAUGCACAGUAUAGUACUGCUGCCAGUGUUCGCCCUGAUAUGCAGUUAGUAUCCCAAUCACUUGUCAACAGCAGUGGUUGUAUUUCCAACCAGUUAAUGUCAAACUCUGAAACAGCUAACUGUUUUAGAUCAUGUCCGCCAGUGUUGGGUGAAGAUGCUUGUUGGUUGUUUGAGGAUGAUGGGGGUAGGAAACAUGGACCACAUUCACUUUUGGAACUAUUUUCUUGGCAUCGAUGUGGUAACCUUCAUGAUUCAGUUAUGAUAUAUCAUGCUGAAAAUAAGCUUGGCCCUGUCACCUUGCUAUCUGCUGUGAAUACAUGGAGAAUAGAUAUAUUGGAAACUGACUAUGCAGCUGAUGCAAAAAAUUAUGAGACUGGCUCUUUAGUGAACUUCAUAUCUGAAAUCUCCAAAAGAGUUUCUUCUCAACUUCAUGCUGGAAUAGUGAAAGCGGCUCGUAGAGUACUGCUGGAUGAGAUCAUCAGCAAUGUCAUUUCGGAGUUUGUUACUACAAGAAAAGCUCAGAGACAUCUUAAGCUUGAUACAGUUAAUCAGGUUACUAAAAGUUGCUCUUCUGAUGACAAAAUGUUGGAGAGACAUAGUGAUGCCACUGCUGAAUGUGAGGCAGCUGCCUGCCGCAAUAUUUCUGACCAGAUAUGCAUUAAUGAAACGCAUACACAAUCUCCUGCAGAAACAAAAUCUGUUGGAAGCAUUGAGAACUUCUGGCGCUCUUCGAAAGUUGUUUGUGGAAUGCUCUUUGAUUACUGUAUGCAAGUUAUGUGGAAUGCUGUCUUUUAUGACAGUAUAGUGGAGUACUCUUCUGCCUGGAGAAAGAGAAAACUUUGGUCUGGUCACCCAAAUAUUACUGGACCUACCUCUGACUAUAGGAAUUACAGCAAUAGAAUGGAGAAAUUACCUGAUGAACAUUUGUUAUCUGGGCAAGAUUCCUCUGUGUGCACUGUUGAUUGCCCUCCCGGUUUUGAAAUGAUGGCAAUGGAAACAGAUAAUGAUGAGCAAUCACCCCCCUUGUCUUCAUCUGCUUUCUUAGAAGAAAUGCAAAAACAGAAUAGUCCAUCAUGCAGUGAUGAUCUAUUAGAUGCUGAUAUUAACUGUAUUUUAGAAAUUGUUGAAAAUGAGCUCUAUUUGUCUACAAAGGCAAUCUCUGCUGAGUAUGUUGAAAGUCUUAUUGAGGAGGAAGUGAGGAAGUUAGUUAAAGUUUCAAAAUCUGGCAACAUGAACGAGUUGCAGGAUCCUAUUGACUCUUCAAGCCUGUGUCCGCAUACUUGCUCGCAUGGCUCCAGGGACAUUUGUGAUGAAAUAAGGAUUGAUUCAACUGAAAUUUCUGCUGAGAUUAUUAUGUCCAAAGAUCCUCAAAAGUUAUUACAAGUUGGAGAACCUGAAGAUGUUAUAUCUAAUAUUUUGGCACAUGUGUUUAAGACAUCAUGCGAUAAUUAUGUAGUGGAUGAACAAGAAACUUAUGAGCCCCUACCACCUGGAUUGGAAGACAAUGCUAGAACACUUGUUCCAUCAUGUAUCCAUAAAUUCCAAGAUUUGAUGAUCAAUGAGCGUACCUCUAAGGUUGGAGAAUAUGUUGCCAUAGCAGUAUGCCGUCAGAAUUUGCAUGCCAUUGUGCUUAAAGAGUGGAAAUCAUCUAUGUUUGAUGAUGUUCUUCUCCAAUUUUUAACUUCGUGGUGUACUUCUAAGAAACAUUGUGAAUCAGUUAGCAAUGAGAUAUGGGAAGGAGCCUCAAAUGCUUAUAAUGAUCAUGGUGACAGCCUUGCUGUAUCUGACAAAGUUAGAGAGGGAUCAAAAAAAUUCCACGGUUCAGAAGCAUCUACAGUGGUUGAAAAAUAUACAUAUUACCGCAAGAAAAAGUUGACCCGAAAAAAGUUUGGACCAUCUUCCAUUUGUUUGACUCCUGUUCAGUAUGGGAUGGCGACUCAGCCUGUAGAGAAGUUAAGGAAACAGGCGGUUCAAACUGAUGUGUUUGAGAAUGAGGGAGUUGAACGCUCUGCCUUACCUUCUAAAAAGAUCAUGAAAAACAAAGCUCGGACUGAACCAUCUCACAAUGCUAAGUCUUCAAAAGUGAUUGCUAAAAUUAAUUUGCCUGGUAAUCACUCAUCUUCCAAAACCACAAGUGGUCGAAAAGUAAUGAAAGUUUCCCAUACAGUUCAAAAUGAUGAUGUGGAUGUGGUAAAACCUUUCAAAGAGAGGCCAUCAACCAUGACUGAAAAGGUUGUUCGUGGCAAAGGCCAUAAUGUUGGAUUAAAGAAGGGGCCUGUUCUUGUUGCUUCCAAAAGUGUACAGAGCGAUGCAAAGUCAUCAAAACUAAAAAGGAAGUGUCCAGUUGACAGUUUGCCAUUACGUCCCGCAAAGGUUCAGGCAGUAGCUAAUGGUGUUGCCAAGCAAGCAGCAUGUAGACAGGUUGCAGUGAAGAAGACUAAAGCGAGUAAGUCCAGAGCUUCAAAUCUCUGCCCUGGAUCUAAUGAAUGUGCUCGGUCUUCAGUUAAUGGUUGGGAAUGGCAUAAAUGGUCGCUCAAUGCAAGUCCUGCUGAAAGAGCUCGGGUCAGGGGUACUCAGUAUGUUCAGAGUAAGUAUUUAGGUGCUGAGGUUAAUGCAUCUCAGUGGUCUAAUAAUAAGGGUCUUUCUGCGAGAACGAAUAGGGUGAAACUUCGGAAUCUUCUUGCUGCUGCAGAAGGUGCUGAGCUUUUGAAAGCUUCUCAAGUGAAGGCAAGGAAAAAGCGUCUACGAUUCCAACGGAGCAAGAUACAUGAUUGGGGUCUUGUUGCACUAGAGCCAAUAGAAGCAGAGGACUUUGUCAUUGAAUAUGUUGGGGAGCUUAUUCGUCCUCGGAUAUCUGAUAUACGUGAGCGCCAUUACGAGAAGAUGGGAAUUGGAAGCAGUUAUCUUUUUAGGCUUGACGAUGGUUAUGUGGUUGAUGCUACUAAGCGUGGUGGGAUUGCUAGAUUUAUAAACCAUUCUUGUGAGCCUAACUGCUAUACCAAGGUUAUAACUGUUGAGGGUCAAAAAAAAAUUUUCAUUUAUGCGAAAAGGCAUAUAACCGCUGGUGAAGAAAUUACUUACAACUACAAGUUCCCAUUGGAAGAGAAAAAGAUCCCCUGCAACUGUGGUUCUAAAAAGUGUCGUGGAUCAUUGAAUUAGGAAAUACUUGAGUUCAUAAUCCUGUGUAGCUUGAAGUUUUUGGAGGAGCUCUGGUUGUCCUUUCACCCAAUAGUUUGCUGCCUGAAAAGUUUCACGGAAGUUGCAACAAAGAUUAGUGGAUCACAGCAGAGUGUUAUGGCAGGUUUAUUGUCAAUUGUUUAAGAUCACUGUUGUCAAAAAGCUGGACUGACAUGUUGUGGUCUUCGUUUCACAUUGAGUUUUUUCACUACUCUUGGAAGAUGAACUACUGACAUGUGCAUUCUUGUAGGUAGCUCUCUGUUGCAGAUGAGUUUCUUCUCUUAGAAACUGUAAAUCGGUUUAUUAUUUUCUUGCUAACACUAUUUUCAGAAUAGCAAAUUUUUGUACGAACAUGCAUUAUUUGAUUAUUUAUUCAGUAUAAAUAAAUUGAAUGAGUAUAUAUUUAUCACAUA